UCCCUUCGAUAUAUCGGGGUUUCCAGGAAAAAUUUUAACCUCCACGGCUCAUGAUUCCAGGAAAAUUUUCCAUUUUCGCAAUGUUUUCAGCCAGCAAUGUGUUUUCCAAUAUAAAGGCUGCGUAUCUGUAUGAAGAUUGACAACAGAAAAAGCGCGCAAAUGCGUUGUGGCAAGGACUCGAGAUUGGUACAAAUCUUCAGUUUCUCUCGGUUUUUCACACAGUUUUCCAGUGACCGAUUGCAUCAGAGGGUGAAAAUGAAGAGUCGCGGUGCUUUUAUUGUGCUUGAGGGAUGCGACAGAUCCGGAAAGAGCACACAAUCUCAGAAAUUGGUGGAGAAGCUGAAUGAAAAUGGGAUAAAUGCCAAGCUUAUGAAGUUUCCUGAUCGCGAGACGGAGUGCGGAAAGAUGAUUGACGGAUACUUGAGAAAGACGAAAUCACUGACUGAUGAGGGAAUUCAUCUCCUGUUCAGUACGAAUAGAUGGGAGGCUAAGGACUCCAUUGAGGACACAUUGAAGAGUGGCACAACAAUCAUUUGUGAUAGAUAUUCAUUCUCUGGCGUGGCGUUUAGCGCUGCUAAAGGGCUGGAUUUGCAGUGGUGUCGCUCUCCGGAAGCCGGCUUGACAAAGCCUGAUCUGGUAUUUUUGCUCACCAUGUCUAUUGAUGCAAUCCUGCAGCGUGGAGGUUUCGGCGACGAAAGGUAUGAGAAGAAACAGAUGCAGGAAAAAGUGAUUGAGAUAUACAAGCUUCUGAAGGAGGACUAUUGGUUGGAGAUUGAUGCUGAUCAGGCACAAGAAAUUCUGCUGGGCAUCCUGUAUAAGAAUGCGAUGAGGACGAUUGAGAGUGUAGGCCAGAAACCUCUGGAACAUCUCUGGUGACAAAAUGUUACAUAUGUGUAUGCAUUGAUUAGCAAAAGAUUGGAAAUAUUGAUUAAUACACUUUCACUUAUAUAUUUU